AAUGAGUUCCGACGAUGAGAUCAAUAUGGACGACAGUGACUCAAGUCAAGGAGAAAUUGACGAUGGGUGUAUGUCUGACGAUGAUGGCAUCGUACUGGAGAGCCGCGAACAGAAUAGCUCCGACUACAAAGAUAACGGGGAACCGGAUAAUGAGGUGCUAAACCACGAUUCCUUGGAAGCAGAGAUGAAAAAGACAAUAACAGAUGUACAAGCAGUUCUUCAAGUGAAAACUGGUGUCUGUCGGAUUCUUCUGCACAAGUAUAAAUGGAAUAAGGAAUCAUUAUUAGAACGAUUCUACGAACAUCCUGACACUACCACAUUUCUUAUCGAUGCUCAUGUUAUUCCACGUCGCCAGGAGCGUUUGCCGGCUGGAGACGCGGAAUGCGACAUAUGUUGCUCGUUGGGAGAACUCUCUGGGCUUUCUUGUAAUCACAGAGCUUGUACACAAUGCUGGAAGGCGUAUUUAACUAAUAAGAUUGCAAACAAUGCACAAUCCGAAAUAGAAUGUAUGGCUCCAAAUUGCAAAUUGCUCAUAGAAGAUGAAAAGGUUAUGUUCUACAUUACCGACCCAACAGUAAUUGCCACCUACAGAAAGCUGAUUGUGGCUAGUUAUGUGGAAACGAAUCGUCUUCUCAAGUGGUGCCCCGGUAUAGAUUGUGGGAAAGCUGUUAGAGUCAGCCAUUGGGAACCCCGCCUCGUCGUAUGCUCCUGUGGAUCUCGAUUCUGCUUCUCUUGUGGUCACGAUUGGCAUGAACCAGUGAACUGUAGGCUGCUGAAGUUAUGGCUUAAAAAGUGCAAUGAUGAUAGUGAAACAUCGAAUUGGAUUAAUGCAAACACUAAAGAAUGUCCAAAAUGUAUGAUCACAAUUGAAAAAGACGGUGGAUGCAAUCAUAUGACGUGUAAAAAUACAGCAUGCCGGUUCGAAUUUUGUUGGAUGUGCCUUGGUCCAUGGGAACCUCAUGGUUCAUCAUGGUAUAGUUGUAAUAGAUUUGAUGAUUCUGCAGCUAAAAAUGCUCGGGAUGCUCAAGAAGUAUCACGUGCAAAUCUUCAAAGAUAUCUUUUCUAUUAUAAUCGAUAUAUGGGACAUCAACAAAGUUUACGUUUGGAGGGAAAGCUCUAUGCAACCGUCAAAUCAAAAAUGGAGCAAAUGCAGACACUUUCCAUGUCUUGGAUUGAAGUUCAAUUCCUUCGGAAAGCUGUCGAUGUAUUGUCAGAAUGCCGUCGGACACUGAUGUUCACUUAUGCAUUCGCAUUUUAUUUGAAGCGAGAUAAUAACGCCAUUAUUUUUGAAUCAAAUCAAAAAGAUCUCGAAAUGGAAACAGAACAGCUGUCCGGGUUUUUGGAACGAGAUUUAGACAAUGAGAAUCUGGUGACACUUAAACAAAAGGUCCAAGACAAGUACCGAUACGUAGAACAUCGCCGAAAAGUACUUCUAGACCAUUGUUCCGAAGGAGCUGAUCAAGAACUUUGGGUUUUCAACGAGUAAUUAUUUUUUUGACCAACAUAUUAUUAGUAUACUUUUUGUAAAAUUUUUUUAUUGUUUUGUAGAUUAUUUUUUCCAAAUUCGAUUCUUUCAAUCAGUUUAACUGUCUACCCUACUUGUCUGUAUGUUCAUUUCCUGUCAUUUACCAUCACAAUCCUUGUGCUCUCAGAUGUUUUUUUUCUUUUCGGCCUAAAACAUUUAUGUGUAUUUUUGUGUAGAAUUUUCCAGUCCCACUUUUCCUCUAUUCUAAACAUCCUCUUUUCUAGACUACGGAUUCCUUUUUUUCUGAGUAUAAAUUUUUGAACAUU